AUGGUUGUUAAAAUCCCAGGUCUCCCGCUUGUUCGCCUGCACUCGCCAUUCUGGCAAAAUGUGAUCAUGGGCGUGAUCGUCGCCCUGGCUGCUGGUCUUUACGAAGCGUUGAAUAUGCUCGGGGCUGGUGGCGGCCGUCCGAAUUCAGCACAAACAGUACAGGUAGUCAAUGCCACACUGUGUGCUGUAUGGGUUCUCUCAUCCACGUUCAGUGGAAGUUUGCUGAACACGAUCGGGCCUGCUCUGACGGCCUUCCUCGGUGUUGUGGGGUAUAUUAUAUAUGUUGGUAGUCUCUGGUAUUUUGACCGAACCGGCCACGAAGGCUUCCCAAUCUUCGCUGCCAUCGCCAUUGGAUUCUCUGCCGGUUGCCUCUUCUGCACGAUGGGCUAUAUAUCCAUGUCCUACUCGGAAGAAAGAGAACGCGGCACAUUCAUUAGCUUGUCAUUUAAUCUUCAGGCUUUCGGUGCAGCUGUGGGUGGCAUCAUACCACUUAUCAUCAAUCGAAAAUCCAACCAAGUCGCUGGCGUCCCAGAGGCUGUGUAUAUUGUCUUUAUCGUGAUGCAGGUCUGCGGGUGUCUCCUUGCCUUUGCGCUGCGACCUCCUUCGAAAAUAACCCGGGACGACGGCACCCAAGUGGCUACUAUCCAAUCCCGAGGCUUCAUCGAGGAACUGAAAUCAAGCCUGGAGAUUUUCCGGGACUGGAAGCUGCUCCUGAUGCUUCCAGCAUUUGUACCGUCGGAAUGCUUCCUGGUAUACGCUGGUUCCGUCAAUGCCUAUCAUAACAGUUUGCGAGCGAGAUCUCUCUUGUCCUUCGUCGCUGUCGUGGUGCAGAUCCCAGCUGGUAUCGGACUGCAGACUAUUCUGGAUCAUGACAAAUGGUCGCGUCGUACCAGGGCUAUGACGGGGUUGGUCGUUGUGGGCGUGCCUUUGAUCGCGGCUUGGACGUGGGAGGUUGUUCGAACCCGCAAUUAUGACCGCUCUAGCCCUCCGACAAACCCCACUGACUGGAAUGACGAUGCGUUCAUUCCAAUAUUCUUCCUUUUUGUAUUGAACUGGACGGCCAGUGUAUUGUGGCCAUAUGUCAUUCUUUAUUUCCUCGGCUGCCUAACAAAUUCCCCUCGCAAAUCAGCAAACUAUGCUGGUGUUUUUCGCGCGGCACAAGGUGCCGGGGAAGCCAUAUGCUUUGGCGUUGACUCCAUUGGUGUCCCGUAUAUCAAGGAGGCCGGCGUGCUCCUUGCGUUCUACACGACUGGCGUCAUCAUAUUCGCCUAUCUGGCCGUCUUCCACAUCUCCGAGACCCAGUAUUUUGCCGGCGAAGAAGGCGUCGUCAUACCACAACGUGUGCUGAAAGAACAGGUCCCCGAGAACGAACUUGAGGAGCAAAAAAGACUAAAAGCUGUUUCUGGAGGUGCCGGAGGUAGUGAGUAG